CAGGAGCCGUCGCUGUCCGUCUCCCACCACAGCAUCUGCAUCUCGCAGCCCCUCAAUGCGCGCCGCACGCCAUCAAGGCCAGCAGGCAGGACAACUCUAGGACACGCACUGCGAUCCACCGAACCUAUUAAGGAAGCCAACCGCCGCCUCGUCGCUUUCUUCCCAUCGCACCGCCGGCGCAUCACACACGGCCCCAGCUCGAUCAAAAUGGCAGCAGCUGAGGGGGACGCGGGAGUAGCCCAUGGGACAUCGGUAGUGGAAGCGGCAGCCGCUUCUGGGCCGGCGGCCGCCGUCCGCUCGGACCACGACGAGAAACAGACGCAGCAGGUCGACGAAGGCGUCGUCGUCGACGAGGGAGAUUCGGUCCCCACACCAGCAGCGCCAGAGCAUGCACCCACACCACCAUCAGCGCCCCAGCCGGAGUCAUCGAGCAUCACAGACAGCGGAGCAGUGGUGGAGCCUGUAGGAAGUACGAGCCGAGUCGCAGCACCCACAUCUACGGACGGCACAGAACAGCUGGGCCCCACGCCCGCGGCAUCGGUCAGCGGAGCGGAGACGAGCGGGCCGUCGUCGUACAUCACCGGCUCGACCGAGCCGCCGACGCCAACAGUGCCAGCUACCUCAUCGACCCUCCGCGACACACCAACCAUGCGGGAUGCGCCGACGAUCGUUGCCCCGCGGUACUCUGACGACGAGAAGGCGCUCGAGAAACGCGAGUGGGAGGUGGCGGCGCGCGACGAACCCGACGGCGAGGACACGUCCGCGCUGCUCAACCUCCCUCCGCCGCCGCCGUUCGACCUUGAGGUCGACGGGCUGACGGUCGGCGUCCCGCAUCACAAGUAUGAGCGGGUGUUUGGACUCCUGCGCGGCGAGUUCAAGCAGAAGCCCAAGACCGACGACAACGACGAGACGAGCGCCAAGCGCAAGGUCAUCCUCAACGACGUGUCGGUUGCAUGCCACCAGGGCGAAGUGCUCGCCAUUCUCGGCGGCUCGGGAUCGGGCAAGACGACGCUGCUCAACGCCGUGGCGCACCGCAUGGCCGAUCUCCCCACGCUGGCGGGGCAGGUCGCCUAUGUAUCCCCGUACUCUGGCUCGGUGCUGAGCAAGAACGAGGCGCGGCGGCGUAUCGGCUUUGUGCGGCAGCAGGACUAUCUCGUCGAGUGUCUGACAGUGCGCGAAACGCUCACGUACGCCGCACGGCUGCGCCUCCCGACCAGCCUGUCGUCCGAGGCCCUGUCGCUUAUCGUUGAGCAGACGCUCGACGAGCUCGGACUGCGCGACGCGGCCGACACGGUCGUCGGCGGGCCGUUCCGUAAAGGCAUUAGCGGCGGCGAGAAGCGCCGCCUCUCCAUCGGCUGCGUGCUCGUCACCCUUCCCUCUGUGCUCAUCCUCGACGAGCCGACGUCAGGGCUCGACGCGUACACGAGUUACCUGCUGCUAAGGACACUCUCGGCGCUCGCGCGCCGCGGACGUACCGUCAUUCUCUCGAUCCACGCGCCGCGCUCCGACGCGUUCCCGCUCUUCGACAGGCUGUGCCUGCUGUCAAAGGGCAAGGUGGUGUACUCUGGCCCGCGGUCAGAAUGCCUCCCGUGGUUCCACAGCCUGGGACAUGAUGUCGAGGUGGGCGUGAACCCUCUCGACUUCCUCAUCGACGUCUCGUCCAUUGACAACCGCACGCCGGAGAACGAGGAGGCCUCGCGCGCGCGCGUGCUGUCCCUCACGAACGCGUGGGAGGCGCACAUCAAGCUCGGGAAGGAGGACUUCAGCGCCGACAAGGAGAAGGAGCGGACCCCGCGCUCCCGCCGUUCGACACGCGGGUCGGAUAAGCGCUGGUCGGUCCGCAGUUCAACGAUGCAGGGCGUCACGAGCGUGAUCAGCGAUAAGAAGAACCCCGACCUGCUCGCCCCGUCGCGCAGCGACGGGACCACACCCGGCGGCCUGCAGCGUAUCCCGUCCGGCACCACCGCAGACCAGCUGCAGCGCAUUGUAUCGACCACGUCUGAAGAGUCGGCGGACCAGAAACGUCCCGGGUUCUGGAAGCAGACGCGCGUGCUCACUUCGCGCGCACACCGUAACGUCUACCGCAACUUCCCUACUGUCCUCGGCCUCAUGUGCCAGGGCCUCGUGUUGGGCGUGAUUGUCGGCGCGACCUACUACAAGCUGCCAGAAAACCCGACGGGUAUCCAGUCGAUGAAGAACCUCUCAUUCCAGCUCAUCCCCGGCGUGUUCUACCUCCAGCAAGUGUUCUGGAUCUACAAGUUCUGCACCGACCUGAUCAUCUUCGACCGCGAGCGCGAAGAUAGACUGUACGACGUGGUCCCGUGGGUCAUUGCCGACUGGCUGUCGUUCCUCGUACCCGCGAUCGUCGCGCCGACAAUCUACAUGAUCCUCGUGUACUUUAUCUCCGAGCUGCGCAUGGAUGAUGUGGCGAGCCGGCUGUUCACCGUCAUUGCGUCGACCAUGGUCGUCCAGUUCUCCACGCAGGGACUCGCCCUCCUAGUAUCCUCCGUCACGCGCUCGUUCCCCGAGGCGUCGCUCUUCGGCAACGCCGUCAACAUUUUCCAGAUCCUCAGUGCCGGCUUCGCCAUCGUCCACCCGCCACAAUACGUCAAGUGGAUCCGGUGGAUCUCGCCAUACUUUUACUCGUUCCGCAUCGUCUGCACUGUCAUCUUCAAGGACAGGAUCUUUAACUGCCCGCAAGACUCUCAGGCCAACCUCGACCAGUGUAUCGGGAACAAUGUGCUGCGUGGCUUUGACUUCGACUACGAUAUCAACCUCGGCGCGUGGUUUGGCGGGCUGCUCGGCUGGGUGAUUGCGCAGUACGCCAUCGCCUGUGUCAUCUUGACCUAUUACAACGGCGGCGGGGUGCGCCACGCGUCCGAGAUCGACUCGCACAACCGCGGCAAGACGACCGACGUCGACGAGAGCCACAUGACCCGCGACAACAUUGACGUCGAGGUGCGCGGGCUCUCGCUCAGCUGGGAGCGGCGCGGCCACGGUAUCGUCAAGAAUGUCAAGAAGACGAUCCUCAAUGACAUCUCGCUGCGCUUUCCGGCUGGCGAGAUCUCUGCGAUUCUCGGCCCGUCGGGCGCGGGCAAGUCGACGCUGCUCCAAAUCCUCGCCAACAGGAAGCUCAACGCGGGGCCCAUGGCACGCUUCUACCGCACCGGCGAGCUCUUCUUCGCUGGCCAGAAAGCCAACUCGCUGGCAUGGAGCAACGUCGCGUUCGUCGAACAAGAAGAUGACUGGCACUUGCCCAGCUUGACGGUCCGCGAGACGCUGCGCUACGCCGCCAUUCUCCGCCUGCCGACCAAGAUCCCCCGCAAGCAGAAGAUUGCGCGCGCAGAGACUGUGCUGCGGAUGUUGGGGUUGAAGGACUGCGCCGACCUGCCUGUUGGCGGACCGCUCGUCAAGGGCAUCUCGGGCGGUGAAAAGAGGCGCUUGUCUCUCGCCGUACAGAUGAUCAACGACCCGGCGGUCCUCGUCGUUGACGAGCCGACCUCGGGCCUCGACUCGAGCAUCGCGCUCAGCGUGAUGCAGGUGCUCAAGGACAUUGCGGCGACCGGCCGAACUGUAAUCGCGACGAUCCACCAGCCCCGCAGUGACAUCUGGCGGCUAGCCGACAACGUCACGCUCCUCGCCAAGGGCGGCAUUGUGGCGUUCAACGGGCGCCAGUCGGAAGCAGUCGACUACUUCAACAACCUGGGCUACCCCAUGCCGUCGGCGUACUUCAACCCGGCUGACCACCUGCUCGACCUGGUGAGCGUCGACCCGCGCCCUGGGCCGCCGCAUGACGCGAGCGAGAAGCGCGUGCAACGAAUCACGGGGACGUGGCACGCGGUGGAGGCCAAGGAGGUGGGCGACGAGCCUGUCGGCAGCGGAAACGGCUCUAGCUCGCCAGAGACAGUCACGCCGCCGCAGACCAUCACCCGCGGCGAAGGUACGACGCCGAUGCGCAUCGCGCUCCCCGUCGUGCUCAGCCGCCACUGGAUCAGCCUGUGGCGCCAAAAGGAAGUCCUCUUCAACCGCUGGUUCCAGUCGACGCUCAUGGGCGCCAUGUUCUUGUUGUUCUUCCAGCGCCUCACGCACGGCCCGCAGGGCGCGCAGGACCGUAUCGGUAUCUCGAUCCAGUCGACCCAGUCCGUGUCCUUCGUCGGCCUGAUCAACGCCAUGGCUGUGCUGCCGGCCGAGCGAAACCUCUACCUCCACGAGGCGCAGUCGUCGGCGCGGUACUCGCCCGCCACCUUUGUGAUCAUGUACACGCUCGUCGAGCAGGCGCCGCAGAUCUUCAGCGCGCUGGUAUACGGCGCGAUUAUGAACGUCGCUGUCGGCAUGCAGACCUCGGCACGGAUCUACUUCGAGUUCAUCACGACCAUCUGGGCCCUGCUCAACAUGGGCGAGAGCAUGGCCCUCGCGACGGGCAUGUGGGUCCGUUCUCCAGGGCUCACCGUCACCAUCAUCUCGACGCUCCUCUCCGUCGUCGGGCAGAUCAGCGGCAUCAUGUCGCUGUCGGUGCCGACGUGGAUGGCCGACGUGGCGUGGUUCACAUGUUACAAGGCCGCAGUCAGGAUCCAGGUCAUCAACGAGUAUCUCGGCCUCAAGUUCAACUGCACGCCCGAGCAGGUGUCGACCGGCAAGUGUAUUGCGCAGAACGGCGGCCAGGUCAUCGCCCUCUUUGGCUGGAAAGACCUCAACACGGCCAAGUUUACCGGUAUCGUCGUCGCUGUUGCCAUCGGAUGGCGCCUGCUCGCCUACUUCUCUGUCGUUGGCCGUGUUGGCGGAUUCCGAUAAUCACAAUUAAUUAAUAUCAAUCUCUCUUCUCUCUCUUCUCAUUUGGGUUGCUGCUGCUCUUGUAGACCAUUGCGAUAGAAAUACAUUAU